UCCGCCCCUCAUUUUUUCCGCAAACCCUCCUCGCUAAUAACGGCGGCGGCGGGCGGAGCAGACAAUUACCAACGCCUUCCUCCUCGAGGCUGCUGGAACCCUAGCCCUCCCCGCCCGGGGUCGCCGGCGGCGGGGGGAUGUACCCGUCGGGGGCCGUCGUGGGGGCGGCGCCCGCGGCGGCGCCGAGCGCGGCGUCGCGGGUCGAGAAGGCCACGAGCCACCUGCUCAUGGGGCCCGACUGGGCCGUCAACCUCGAAAUCUGCGACAUCCUCAACGCCGACGUCUGGCAGACGAAGGAUGUGGUGAAGGCAGUGAAAAAGAGACUGCAGAACAAGGACCCAAAGGUUCAGUUCUUUGCUUUGACGUUACAAACUGGUGCAGCUUUUGGAGACAAUGAUGAAGAACUGUGGUGAAUAUGUCCGGUUUGAAGUUGCUGAACAGCAUGUUCUGCAAGAAAUGGUCAAAAUUAUUCAGAAGAAGAAUGAUAUGCAAGUAAGGGAUAAAAUAUUAUUACUUUUAGACUCCUGGCAAGAGGCAUUUGGUGGACCUGGAAGUAAAUACCCGCAAUAUCAUUGGGCAUAUCUUGAAGUAAAGACGACAGGUGUGGUGUUCCCAAAACGUCCUGUCGAUGCCCCACCAAUAUUUACACCUCCUGCUACACAUAAUUCUAGUUCGCCCAGAUAUGCUGCAGGAAGUCUUAGUGACAGAAUGUCCUCAGAUGUUGAGACUCUGAGUUUAGGGGACUUGAACAAUAUUCGAAAUGUGACAGACCUACUGAACGAUAUGGUGCAUGCUUUAAACCCAUCUGAUCGUACGGCUGUUAACGACGAAAUUAUCACAGAUCUUGUGACCCAGUGUCGCUCAAAUCAACAAAAGCUUUUGCAAUUUGUCAGUUCAACAGGGAAUGAGCAGUUGCUAAAGCAAGGACUGGAGAUAAAUGAUUUCUUACAAAGUGUACUUUCAAAGUAUGAUGCUGUGGUUUCUGGUGCUCCUUUGGGGGUUGAAGCACCAGUGACAGAGACAAUUGAGGCUCCUAGGGAGGCUCCUGCAGUAAAACCAUCUGCACCCCCUGAAAAUAAUGACACUGCUGAUGAAGAGGAAGAUGAGUUUGCCCAGCUAGCUCAAAGGAAAAACAAAUCCGUAGUAAAUAGUGAUGAUGCACUAUCAAGCACUGGGGACCUCGCCCUUGUACCCAUUGAUACAGUGGGCUCGGAGUCGCCAUCUUCUGUUGCAAGCAAUGCAUUGGUUCCUCUUGACCCAGCUCCCAGCAGCAGCACUGAAUCAAAAGAGCUGGAUAUGAUCGACCUCCUAAGCCUCACCUUGUGCACCCCCACUCCUGAAACCUCAACAGAUUCUCCAACACAGAGUCAAAAUGGGCCUCAGCAAUCUACCAAUACCCAUAGUCAAACUGGGCCUCAACAACCUACAGUUAUAAAUGGGCAACAAUAUCCUUCUGGUGUGCCACAAUACCCUUCAAACUACCAACCUCACACAACAAACCAGGUAUAUGCUCAACACAACAGCAAUUAUAUUGCACCUUGGGCCCAAACUGGAGCAUAUCCACCUCAGCCUCCGGUGUAUGCAUCUGGAUAUGGCUACCCUGCACCGCCCUGGGCUGCACCGACACCUGCAGCUGUUGAUUCUAAUCCUUUCCUUUCGGCUAAUUACCAAGAUCCACGCCCUGUUACUUCUCUUGUUGUUCAGGCAGACACCUAUGCACCUCCCCCAGCUUCAUAUCCCCCUUCUUCAAUCUCAAAUGCACCAUUUGCAACCCCCCAGUCAAUUCAGCAUAAUAGUUCUGUGGGUUCUCCACCAAGCAACGGACUGACUGCCACUCUAGCCCAAAUGAACUUGAAUCAACAACCAAAAGAUUCUUCACCAUCCUCUAGCAGACCAUACUACAUACCUGACAAUCUAUUCAGCGAUUUGAUUGACGUGAAGAGUUUCAGUGGUGGAAAUAAGAUUGGCGGGCCCACUACCAUGGGUAGCUCAAAUGGUGGUCAGCCUAUGAUUGGUGGAAAGAAAUAGCCAAAUAGGGUCGUUUGUCUAUACAGCUGGUGGUGAUUGGUAGCUGGUGCUUAUUAUUAAUUGUUACUUGGUUCGAUGUACAUUUGCUGUAUAUCACCGUUGCCUCGUUUGGUUGCAUUGGUUGAUUCGUGGGUGCUGCUAUUAAGUUAAACUGAGAUGAGAUGUAGACGACACUUGAUGUACAUAAAUGAUUAAUAGCAUUUCUACAUUGCGGUGGACGGUCGUGACGAAAUGUGUUGGUA